AUGUCUUUUUCACCGUCGCACAAUGCGCCGUCGUUGCCGCAGGAGUUUCCUAUGGACCAGCUCCGUGAGCGCACGCAGCAGCGCGAUCCCUCGUUCGGCAGCGAGAGCGGCGUUUUUUACCCCAUGAGCAGCCCGCCGAUGGAUCACCAGACGUACUCGGGCGCACACCCGCACAAGCCCCAGCAACACCUGUCGCCGCAUCUGCCCCAGCAGCAUCUCUCGCAGCAGCCAGUCCAGCAGCAGCAGCAGCAGCAGUUCCAGCGCUCGCCACAGCUGGGCGGCCAGGCCAUUCAACCGCAGGACUCGUACUACUCACAGGGAAACUACGACUUCACACCUGAGCGUAGCCCCAACUUUGACAGCCCUGCGCUGGUCCCGGCGAACCUGCAGGCGGACCAUCCGCGCUGGGCGUACAGCCCCGGACAGCAGGCCGUUCCCCUGCGCCAGGGCCCGUAUCUGGAUGCGGAGCCGGGCAUGGACGAGUCCUUCCACGAUGCCUCGUCCCUCCGUGGCGGGCGCACGAACGUCUACGGGCCCGACUACAACGACGCAUUCGCCAACAGCAACUCGUUCUUUUUCGACGAAGGCGCCAAAACGGGCACGCCCCAAAAGGGAGCGUACCCUUCACACACGCCGGUGGAUAGCUCGCUGGUCCACGGUCGCACAGAGAGCCCGUACGAAGGCGGCAUGCCCUUGUCGCCGUCCAACGUCCCUGCUUAUGCGAAGCAGCAGAAUCAAGACUCGUACCCGUCCGGCGGUACGGCGGCUGCCCGUGCUGCGGCCGCCGCCGCGGGCUACACGUCGCCGCACACGCGGAAUGCCCAAAUGUUCAGCGCGCCUUCGCAGGAAUUUGGCGGACUGAACUCGCCACCGUCGCGGGGCCAGCUGAACAAUGCCUCGACUCAGAACCUGCACGCGGCUGGCUCGCCGGGCCGUGGCCGCGACGCGGAGUACCAGGGCCUGGAUGGCAAGCCACACAAGUCGGCCGGCUGGCUUUCUGGCUGGCGCAAGUGGGCGCUGCUGGGCUUGCUAAUCGUGAUUAUCCUCGCUGUUGCGCUCGGCGCGGGUCUCGGCGCAGGCCUGAAGAAGCACGGAGAUGCCAAGUCCAACAUUGCCAAGGCGAAUGGCAACAAGGACAACGUCGCGAACCCCGAUACGACCUCGCCGAAGCUCGCGGCGCUACCGCCGUGGGACUGGACCGACUCGAACAAGAAGGUGUACGGUGUGAAUGCCGGUGGCCAGUUCCUGCUCGAGCGCUGGCUCUUUGAAGACUGGAUGGUGCAGACUGGUGGCGCCGAUGCGUGGGACGAGUACACCAUGUCGAAAAAUCUCGGCCCCCAGAAGAUGAAGGACGUGCUGAACAACCACAUGGCGACGUGGUUCGUCGAGGACCACAUGGACCAGUUCCAGAAGCUCGGCAUCAACAUGGUCCGUGUGCCGAUUGGCUACUGGCCCUUUUUUGACUCGAGCAAGGUGAACGAGCCGUACGUCAACGCCUCGCAGCUUGCCUACUUUUCGGCGACACUCAACUGGGCGUGGAGGCGCGGAAUGUAUGUGCUUGUUGACCUGCACGGUCUGCCGGGCAGCCAAAACGGCGACCAGUCGAGCGGCCGCAACAUGUCGACGGUUGCUGGACCUGAAGCCGCGCAGAAAGGCAAUUGGUACGAGGACCAGAACCAGCAGUACUCGAAGCAGAUCGUCAACACGAUGCUCCAGUGGAUGGACAAGCACCCUGCGCGCUCAGUGAUUGCUGGCUUUACUCCGGUGAACGAGCCGCAGUCGAUGGGUUCUAACAAGACGCGACUCUCGACGCUCAAAGAGUUCUACACCUUUAGCAUCAACGCCGCGAAGAAGUACAACAUGCCUCUUGUUCUUCACCACGCAUUUGUCGACGACCCGUACAAAUACUGGUCUGACUUUAUGGAGGAGCAGGAUCCUUCGAUGGUCAUCUUUGACGACCACCCCUACCCCGCAUGGUACCAGACCCCCGAGCCGGAAGACCAGGACGACAUUUCGCAAAACAUUUGCAAGCUCGGCACCCAAGGCAAGGACUUUCCGAUCCCGACAGUGAUGGGCGAGUACUCGGCAGUGACCAAUGUCAAUACUUCUCAGUUCACCACCGACUACCUCAACACACAACUAAAGGUCUACGGCUGGUCCGGCGGCUCGAUGUUUUUCAACUUCCGCGCGAAUACCUCGGACAACCCUCAAGCUGGCCCGCCGCCAGUAAUUGGCAGGAAGUACUCGCUGCUCGACAUGAUCCCGCAGGGCAAUCAGGUCGGCCAGUUCCCUACCUACCCCAAGUCGGGCUCGGUCGCCGACUUUACCGACGGCCUGAGCUCCGCAUGCGGCACGCGCCCCAAGUACUCUUGGGAGAAGUGA